GGAGAAGCGCUUCCGGUGGCGGCGCAGACGGCGCUGAGUGAGUCCUGCGAGCGGCGCGGGCGGUGGGGAACGAGUCCAGGACGAUGUCUGGAGAACUUCCACCGAACAUUAACAUCAAGGAACCUCGAUGGGAUCAAAGCACCUUUGUUGGGCGAGCCAAUCAUUUCUUCACUGUAACAGAUCCCAGGAAUAUCCUGUUAACCAACGAACAAUUAGAGAAUGCAAGAAAAGUAGUGCAUGAUUACAGGCAAGGAAUUAUUCCUCCAGGUCUUACAGAAAAUGAAUUAUGGAGAGCAAAGUACAUCUAUGAUUCAGCUUUUCAUCCUGACACGGGUGAAAAGAUGAUUUUGAUAGGAAGAAUGUCAGCUCAGGUUCCAAUGAACAUGACCAUCACAGGUUGUAUGAUGACAUUUUAUAGGACGACGCCGGCCGUGCUGUUCUGGCAGUGGAUUAACCAGUCCUUCAACGCCGUGGUCAAUUACACCAACAGAAGUGGAGACGCGCCCCUCACUGUAAAUGAACUGGGAACAGCUUACAUUUCCGCGACAACUGGUGCUGUGGCAACAGCUCUAGGACUCAACGCAUUAACCAAGCAUGUCUCACCACUCAUAGGACGUUUUGUUCCCUUUGCUGCCGUAGCUGCUGCUAACUGCAUUAAUAUCCCAUUAAUGAGGCAAAGGGAACUCAAAAUUGGCAUUCCCGUCACAGAUGAGAAUGGGAACCGCUUGGGCGAGUCGGCCAAUGCUGCAAAACAAGCCAUCACACAAGUAGUUGUCUCUCGGAUUCUUAUGGCAGCCCCGGGCAUGGCCAUCCCUCCAUUUAUCAUGAACACUUUGGAGAAGAAAGCCUUCCUAAAGAGGUUCCCAUGGAUGAGCGCACCUAUUCAAGUUGGAUUAGUUGGCUUUUGUUUGGUAUUUGCUACACCUCUAUGUUGUGCUCUGUUUCCUCAGAAAAGUUCCAUGUCUGUGACAAGCUUGGAGGCUGAGUUGCAAGCCAAGAUCCAAGAGACCUAUCCUGAAUUACGACGUGUAUACUUUAAUAAGGGAUUGUAAAGUAGCAGAAGAAACUCUACAGCUUAUCCCAUCUACUGCAAACCUGGUGAGGAAAAGCCUGUUCGACCCGGGUUCUCCCAGUUACAGAAACCUUUUAAAGACCCACAUUAGCCUUUUAGAGUCAAGCUGCUACUUACAGCACAGCACCUGGUAUGGGCCAGACACCUGACACCUGUUGGCGCCCUUACAUUUGAAUCACGAUAUAAUUUACAGAAAUACCCUUCCUCUAGCUUUUAUAGUAAUUGUUUUUCAAGGACAAUAUACCAGCCCUCACCCAGAGUUUUAAAAAGCACUGCUAGGCAUAGAGUAGAUGUUCAGUGUAUGCUCAAUAAAUAUGUAUUGAUUAUCAGUGAGUGAAAAGGAAAUCUGUUUGAAAUACUGAGUUUUUAUCCCAUUCUUGUUUCAAAUCACUCAGCAGUGAUUGGGGAAAACACAAAAGCUCUGAGGCUAAGCUAUAAAAAAUGACUCAUGAAUAUUAAGGACAUUUGCUUCCACUUUGGGCAAUGGGCAACCCAAAGUAGAUGAUGAGUCUUUUGGAUUUAUAGGAGAAAAGCUCUUCCGUCUACUUCCCCAAAGUCACAGUGAUAGAGAAGUGUGAUGAGCCAUCCCUGCUGUCAACAACUAUAUGCAUUCAUAUUGCUGGUGGAUUUCUUUAGUUGGCUCUUAAAUUUAUUCUGUUUUACAUUUCUGUGAAGUUAAUCUUACCUUGCACUUGUUGACUUUAUAUUCAGUUAUUUACAUCAAAUAAUCAAAUAACUGAAAUAUACAAAUGUCAAAUUUUGGAAGUAUAUUCAAUACCAAUUCUG